GCUCCCCACUGCGAGCACGCCUUCUGCAAUGCCUGCAUCACCCAGUGGUUCUCCCAGCAGCAGACGUGCCCCGUGGACCGCAGCGUCGUGACGGUCGCCCACCUCCGCCCGGUCCCACGGAUCAUGCGGAAUAUGCUCUCGAAGCUGCAGAUCACUUGCGACAACGCUGUUUUCGGCUGUACGGCCGUCGUGCGACUAGACAACCUCAUGUCUCACCUCAACGACUGCGAGCACAAUCCCAAGCGCCCGCGCGGAUGCGGCUUGGAAAUGCCCAAAGAUGAGCUGCCAAACCACAACUGCAUCAAGCACUUGAGAUCGGUGGUGCAGCAGCAGCAGACGAGAAUUGCCGAGCUGGAGAAGACCUCAGCAGAGCACAAGCAUCAACUGGCCGAGCAG